AUGCAGCUCUGCACCUUGAUCAUAUCAAGCCUAGUGACAGCCGUCGCUGCUACCGAGACCUAUGACUAUAUCAUUGUAGGAGGUGGCACCGCUAGAGGAGCCCUCGCCACUCGCCUGAGCCUUGGCCUCCCUAAGUCUAAGAUCCUUCUUUUAGAAGCUGGCCCAGAAGCUCUAGACGAUGUGCGCAUCAACCCUGGCCUCAAUGGGAGGUCCAUCAGCGUCAACCGUGGCAAGGUUCUCGGCGGCUCAUCUGCUAUGAACUUCCUAUGCUAUGAUCGAGCUGCAUCCGCUGAAUACGACGCCUGGAGUGAGCUCGGAAGUCCAGGCUGGAACUGGGAUACCAUGAUCAAUGGUAUGAAGAAGUCUGAGAACUUCACAGGCAAUGAUGGCGACGUCCAUGGUCGCUCUGGUCCUAUCAGCUCUACCUACAAUCGCAUAGUCCCGGAUGUUUUGAAGCCAUGGCAGUCUACGGUCAAUAAGUUGGGCGUCCCGAUCAACGACGGAGGAUCUCUUGGUGGAAACCCUGUUGGAGUCAUGUUCCAACCCACCAAUAUUGACGUGACCAACUACACCCGCUCAUACAGUGCCAACAGCUACCUGCCAAAGGCCGGGCGUAAUCUGAGAGUCAAAACGAAUGCCCAUGUUGCGAAAGUCCUCUUUUCCUCAAAGAAGAGCAAGGGCUUAGUUGCUACUGGCGUCGCUCUCCAAGACGGUUCUACGAUCAAGGCCCGCAGGGAGGUUAUUCUUUCGGCAGGUUCUAUCCAGAGUCCGGGACUGCUCGAGAUCUCCGGGAUUGGACAAGCCAAGGUUCUUGCGAAAGCAGGAGUAAAACAAUUGCUUGACCUACGAGGCGUCGGCGAAAAUUACCAAGACCACCUUCGAACCUCCAAUACAUAUAUCCUGAAGGAAGGGUACGAGUCCUUCGACCAAAUGAUCUUCAACCCCGAUGGCGUGUUGGCGAAGGAGCAGUUCAACCUAUGGCUUGAGAACAAGGUAUCGUGGUACGACUAUACUAGCAGCGCCUAUGCCUUUCUCAACUGGGCCCAGCUCAGUGAUGCCGUAGGAAGAAAGAUGAAUGAACUUGCAAAAGAUGGCUUCGCUAUCAAUGGCACUGUCGUGGACAAAAAGAAGCUUGAGUAUCUGAACGACCCUUCUAUUCCCCAGUUGGAGGUCCUCCUAGAAGCCAAUUACGUUGGUGCUCAGGGCUAUCCUGGCACUUCCCCCAACUUCAUCACCAUCUUCUCCUCCAUCAUGCAUCCCAUGAGUCGAGGUAGUGUUCACAUCAACGGGCAAGAUGUAAAGGGCAAGCCGAUUAUCGACCUGAACUAUCUCAACAACGAGUACGACAUACAAGCUCUCAUUGAAGGUGCUAGGUUUGCCCGCAAAGUCGCCGAGACGGAGCCUUUGCGAUCUGUAUGGGCUGCAGAGUUUGAACCGGGUCUAGGGAAGAGGACAGAUGCACAACUACGUGACUGGGUCGUCAAGACAGUCAACAGUUUUUACCAUCCUGUUGGUACGUGCGCGAUGCUUCCCAAGAAGGACGGUGGUGUUGUCGACUCGAACCUGAAGGUGUAUGGCACGAAGAACCUCCGUGUAGUUGAUGCCAGUAUCAUUCCUGUCCAGCUGUCGGGCCAUAUUCAGACAGCGGUGUAUGGUAUCGCUGAGACAGCUGCGCAGAAGAUUAUCGCCGCGGAGAACAAAUAUUUUAAGGGUUUGUAA